AUGGAUGGGCGUAACGUUUUCAUCGGCCACUUUGCGGAAGAGAACCACUGCAGCAAACUGCUGACCGACGAAUCCAUUGUCGAAGAGGUUAUCAUCAGUAAAACGGAAGACUACUUCCAUCAAGGAACUUGGUCGGACGAGACCAUGACGUUCGUUUUGUACAAACCACAGGGUGGCGACAGUGACUGGAUUGGAAUUGAUCAAGAAUGA